AUGUCGAGGGUCCUGGUGAGGCCCGGAGCCAACGCCCUGAGGAACGCCCUGAAGAACGCCUUCAUUUCAUCAGCGAGCGCCGCCGCCGCUGGCUCAUCCCAAAAACCUGAACAGUUUUUUGUGGAGGUUUAUAAAUUGACCCUCCUGCCGUCACCCUCAGCGCUGGGCUGCAGCUCCGCGAGCUGUAACGUGGUUCUGACGGACGCCCAUGGGGAGUUCACGUCGCCCUGCUACCCCCUGAAAUACCCCAAUUCUCAGGCCUGUAAGUGGACCCUGCAGGCCCCCGCCGGCUUCAUCAUCCAGCUCUCCUUCCUCGACUUUGACCUGGAGGAGGCGCCGGGCUGCAUCUACGACCGCGUGGUGGUGAACACCGGAAACGUGGACGUCCGGUUCUGCGGACCGACGGCCAACGGGCUGACGCUGAACUCGACGGGGAACGUGAUGGAGCUGUCGUUCACCUCCGACUUCAGCGUGCAGAAGAGGGGGUUCAGUGUUAGCUUCAGACACGUCGCCGUUGCUCUGAGGAACCAGAAGGUCACCAUAAGCGGAGGUAACGGCCAAGUCACCGAGGUCACCGAGUCUGUCUCCAUACCGGCGCUCAGUCACCUGACGCUGUGUUUCGAGCUGGAACGCAGCGCACAGAAGCAGAAGGAGUGGAUCUUCACCUACACCGACAGCAGCAGCAACGUGGCCCUGAGUCUGGGCGCCGAUCAGAGCGGCGUGCAGAUGAUAGUGGACGGAGUGGUCUGUCCCAUCGACUCCAUCCUGCCCGCCGCCGAGUUCACCUUCUCCAGGAAGGCCUUCUGCGUGCUCUGGACGUCGUCGAACGGCCGGGUGGGAGUCUACUACAACGGGAACUACUGGGCCAAAACGUGCUCCAGCUCCAGCGGACACAGCGUGCCGGGCGGGGGAAACUUUCGCUUAGGAGGUCAGCACAGCUUCAGUGGGAACAUCUAUAACCUCCGGCUGUGGGAUCACGCCAUGUCGGUGCAGCAGCUGAACGCGCUGACCUGCGACAUCGUGGGAAAUGUGGUCGACUGGGACAACAGCCACUGGACCAUCCCGUCCACCCUCGCCCAGACAGACACCUCGCUCAGCUGCAUCUGCUACCCUCAUUGCAUUCACUUAACUACUGCUGCGCCAACUAGUGGUGUCUCCCCACCCAGCGACACACCCCUCACUACCAGCUGUGACUCCCCGGGACUGGGCUGCCCAGCUUCCUCUCCCGCCACUUCAUCCACUGACUCCACUAACACCAUCCAUGCUACUAAUGCCAACAGCGACGUUCUUCCUCCCAUCACUCCAUCUUCAUCCACCAUCCCUACCACUAGCAUGCCACUAACCCCAACCAUGAGUCCCACCACCGCCACCAGCAGCAGCAGCAGCACAGCCAGCUCCUUCUCUUCCUCCUCUGUUAUGCCUGCCACUACCAUCACCAUCACCACCAGUGCUGCUACGCCUUCAUCCUCUGCCACUAACGUUGCUUCAGCCAGCAGUACACCACAUGCCCAACAGACAACCAGCAGCACGCCAACUGUUUCCUCUGCUACCACUAACCUCCCAGCUACUAACCCUACAACCCAUGUGCCAGGAACAUCUCCUCCGCUGCUGUUAGUAGCUACUAACCAACCAGCCACUAACAUAGCUGUAACUGCUGCUUCCUCUCGGGAGGAGUUGUUCUACAGGAUCUCCUUCGUGGUGGAUGACGGGGACUCUGAGCUGACGCUAGCUGAUGUGGAUCGGGCCGUGGCUCUCUGGCUCAAUCAAACAUUUCUGAACUGGACCCACGCUGUCUACAUCGACUCCAGCAGUGUGCAGCCGGCCGUGCAGAGCGGAGGGAACCCGACCAGCUAUGCGUGUCAGGCGCUGCUGGUUUAUUAUUACAUCAGCAAUCAGAGCCUGGGAGAAGCUGCUGUGUCUGCCAGGAUGUCCGGCUCUGAGGGGCUGAUGGGAGCCGGUCUGCAGGUCCAACCCGGGUCUACUAAUGUCAGAUCAGUCGAAAACUGUCCGGAGGAGAACCCGCUGCACUACCACUGGCCUGAGAGCAGACCCUCCAUCACACAGUUCCUGCCCUGUUUCCCCAACAAGGACCAGAGCACCUCCAGGACCUGUUUGAUCAGUCCUCAGAACUUCUCCUCCUAUUGGUCAGACUCAGACAUCAGUAACUGCACCGACAUCGACACCAUCCAGGUGUCAGCAGGUACGCUCGGCUCACUCUCUCUCUCCUCAGGUUUGUUCAUCUUCAUCUUUCACUGUGCUCUGAAAGAAAACGUGCAGAAACAAUGGAGGAGAUAUCUCUGCUGCGGACGCUUCAGACUGUCAGACAACUCAGACUGGAGUAAGACGGCCACCAACAACACGAAGAAGGUGAGCUCAGAAAACCUGGGGAAGUCUCUGUCCUCCAGCUCGUUUGGCUCCAGCACCGCUAACUGGACGUCCAAAGCUAAAGCUACGCUAAACCCGUUCACCAAGAGACACAGUAACACAGAUAAAUGUUACUCCAGCCCGAUCAGCCCUAAGAGCAUCUCGUCGUCCCCUUCCUCCUCAGAGAUGGAUCCCAACUCCUCGUCCUCCUCCUCCGCCAUCCUCCCCGUCAGCCAGAUGAUCGUCAAGGUGAAAGAUUACUGCUCCACGCGCACCGACAACUUCUACAAGAACAUCAUCAUGUCUGACAGCUUUGCCCACAGCACAAGGUUCUAGAGGUUUCUUCAGCGUUCUGGGGUCAGACCGCCCAGAGCCUCCAUCUGUGUUUUUCAGUAACUGCUCCAAUCGCUCUGGAAAAGUUUGUUACAUCGUACUUCUGAAAGCUUCAGUGACUGAGGAGGCUUCUGUUAAAGGUUUCGGUUCAGAGCCCAAAUUACAGCAUUCUAGAGCCCUUCGUGCCUCUCAACGUCGCUACCCAACAUUCUGGAUUCCUUCAUACUUCAGUCCUCCAGGAGGUUCUUCACAAACCUUCUAGAACUCCACGAGCUUCUGGAAGUCACCGACCAACAUUCUACAACCCUGCAGGAUUCUAGAACCCUAAGGGGAGGUCACCGACCAACCACUCUCUGCACCUGGAAGUUGCUGACCAACAGUCUAGAACCCUGAAGGCCUCUGAAAGUCAUUCCAGAGCCUUUCAUGAAUCUGGAAAUCCCGGACAAAGAUUCUCAAACUCACAAGGCUUCUCAAAGUCUCUGACAGAUAUUCUGUAACCCACCAGGUUUCUGUUAGUCACCAGAGGUCUAGAACCCUUUGAGGGAUCUGGAAAUACCUUUUUCAAAAAUUCUAAAACUCUCAAGGCUUCAACAUAUUCUGUAGAACCCCAAAGUCUUCUGGAGGUCCUUGACAGGAAUUCUAUAACCCUUUGAGAAAUGUACAAAUCACUAAUCAGCUGGUCUUCUAGAAGUUCCUGACAAGCCUUUGAGCACUCUACAUGCCUCUCGAAGUCACUGACCACCAUAGAGAAACCUACGUAGGGUCUGGAAAUCCCUGACAAAUAUUCCAGAACCCUCACUGUUUCCUAAAGUCACUGACCAACAUUCUCGAACCCCAAAAGCUUCUGGAACCCCCUGACACAUGUACUGUAACCCUCCAUGAAUCUUUAAAUCACUUAAACCACAAUCUAGGAUACUCUGGGCAUCUGAAAGUUCCUGAAAAAACAUUCCGGAGCAAUUCGAACCUCUGGACGUCACUUAUCAACACUCGAGAACUUUCAGGGAUCUGGAAAUGUCUCACAAAUAUUUUAGGCUUAAACAUUCUAGGACCCAAGUGGCUUUAUGUGGCCACUGACCAAGAGUCUAGAACAUCUAGAGCUUCUAGAUUUUCCAUGCAAACAUUCUGUUCACACCUCUGGAAGUCGCUAACUAACAUUCCCAGAACUACCAAAGACUCUACAUACCCCUAAAAUAGAUUCUGGAGCCCUUCAGGAAUCUGUAAGGCUCCUGACAACAAUCUGGAAGCCUCUUUUAGAAGUCUAGAAGUACCCGACACACAUGUAAAAGGUGUUCACGCCUCCGGAAAAGCAUACCAACAUUCUAGAACAUCUAAAGCUUCCAGAUUUUCCACACAAACAUUCUAUAACCCCCUCCACAAAUCUAGAAGUCACUUGUCAACAACAAGCAUCCUGCAGGCAUCUGGAAGUUCUUGACAAACAUUCGAGAGCUGCUCACACCUCUGGAAGUCGCUUGCUAACAUUCUAGAACCUUUCAUUUAUCUGGGAAUCUCUGACAAAUGUUCCUGAACUGGCGAGGCUACUGAAAGUCUCUGACAAAUAUUCUAGAACCCCAAAAGACUCUGCAUACCCCUAAAAGAGAUUCUAGAGGCUGUUAGGAAUCUGUAAGGCUCCUCACAACAAUCUGGAAGCCUCAUCUGGAAGCCUCUUGGAAUCUAGAAGUACCUGACACACUUUGUAAAAGCUGUUCACGCCUCUGGAAUCGCAUGCCAACAUUUGAAGGAUCUUUCAGGGAUCUGGAAAUACCUGACGAACAUUCUGGAACUAAUCAGGCUACUGAAAGUCUCUGACGAACCUAAGGGGUACCCACCGGGCCUCUGGGAGUUACUGAACAACAUUCUCAAACUCACAGACUCUGAGAAAGCCCUGGAUUAACAUUCCAGAUUUUACCUGUGUUUCUGAAAGUCUCUGACAAACAUUCCAGAACCCACCGGGCCUCCAGAUAUUCCCCUGAAAAAACUUGAACUCACCACAUUUCUGACUAACAUUGCAGAAGCUUUUCCGGCCCGUCAUAAAAGUAGAACUUAAUCGAACAUGAUGUCACUGUCAUUGACAACGUCUUGGAUAAUUUCUGCUACUGUACCCCGCCUCUGGAGCUUUGAAUCUGAACAUCAGUUGUGUUUAAUUUUAUUGAGUUUUAUGUUUCAUUGAGUGCUUUUCUAGAAUACAGAACGGUUGUAGGAGCCUCUGUGUUAGCUGUGCUUUUCAUUGGACUGAACAUAGAACAACUCAAGUAGAUCAGAUCUGAGAUUUCCUCAGUUGCAAUUCCUGUAAUUGAAACCAGAGCCACCAUCUUGAUGCACUGUAUUUGCUUUGUAUGAAAGUGCCCGCUAUGCAGCAAAACUCUGAACUGAACUGCAACACAAUGCUACAAAAAACAACCCUUAGACACCAUAAUCUCAGACAGAGCUGCCCACUACGGCUCUAAGUCUGGGAUCUCCUGGAUAGUUUGGGCUGGUCAGAGCGGGUCCAUGGGACUCCACUGUAUCUUAUCAACGAUAGAAUCGGGCUGACCGCGCUGCCUGACUGUGGACCUGAGAGGAAAUGAAAGGGUAGCAGAAAAGGGAGGGAGGAUAAACACAAGGUGGGAAAGAAAAAAAAGUUAUCUGUUAUGUCUUGGUGUUGUUUUAAUACUGUGAUAUUUGUUUAAACUGGCCCUCUGUGCAUGUGUGUGUGGAGCCAUAUCUUAUGUAAAUAUUGAUGAUCUAUCUAUUCUAUGUGCCUUAUUCUAAAGUGUUCUAAUAGUUGCUUUUGUUCAUGCCUUCUCGGGGUCCUGGAAGGGUCACUGGGACUGUACAUACAAACCCAAACAUAUACUCCCAUCAGCCCCUGCUGUGUAGGCACACACGCCCUGUUCACCUCGGUGAGGGACGAGGUUAGAGAGAGGGAAACAUGAUGGAUGACACAGCAAAAGGUCCUUCCCCACUCAGCGAUUCAUUUGAACACAUGUGCACAGUAUGAAGAUGUCUAUUAUCAUGCAAAACAAAGCUGUAUUAAGUUAAGCGUAGAGACACAUCAAGAAGUUCUGGUGGAAAUAGCUCAGCUUUGAAAAUGUCGUAAAGCUUUGAAAUGUCACGUUCUGUUCUUAGAUCCCAAACACAAUCACCCCAGGCUACUUGUAAACUCCGUAAUAAUAAAGCUGACUGUUUUCCCGUCAAAAUAUGAAAAAUCUCUCCUGUGUCGAUGGUUGGUGGUUUUAAGAGUGAAUAAUAACAUCCAGGGUAUUGCCAGGAGCCACUUGAAGCUGCUCCCCCAUGUCAGCCAAAGUUGAGCAAAUCAAGCCAAAGGAUGGUUUUGGAAACAGCUCCACUGUUCGAGUGUGGAAUCUUCUUUUCUUAUUCAGAAAUUGAUAAUAGUUUUGUUUUUAUGAGAGCACAGUGCAGCUGAGAGGUGAUAUUAUUGUUUCCUAAAGGGUCAGAAGUUCAACCCAAAUCCAAAAUGGUGGGAAUAGAAAUUCACUUGUAAUGCUUUAAAGUCUUUAUAUGUGAUUUUUCACACUUAAAUAUAUAAAUCAAGUAUAUCCUCUGAAAAUAA